ACCCGGGACAGUGUGUGCUGACUCCUGCAGCAUCUCCCGCUGUGUGGGACCAUCAUGUCACUGAGCUCGGCGGAGGGAUACAAUAACCAAUGUCAUCGUGGUGCUGAGGCUUCUGCAAAGCAAAAAAUGUCUGCCUAAGGGAGACUCGUUACUGAUAUAUAGAGGAUAUUUUCCCAGGUAUUGCCGCUUAAACACACAUUUCGCGUGUUUUGAGGCGCAUUUCAAGAAAGCGAGUCUUCACCAGAUCACCCUAGUCGGGAUUUUAAUCGGGAAAAAAGGUUUCUAAGAUCGUCAGGAUGAAUCCUCAGCAGCGGAUUGCCGCUCUCGGAACAGACAAGGAAUUAAGUGACCUGCUGGAUUUUAGUGCGAUGUUCUCUCCACCUGUGAGCGGAGGGAAAAACAGGCCCACAACACUUGGAAGCAGCCAGUUCAGUGCAUCAGGUAUGGAUGAGCGGACCAACCAAGCGUCUUGGGCCGCAGGUGGCGAGUCCAGUCCUUCCUAUGAGUCCUCCCGGGGUUUCGCAGACAGCCCUCAUUACGGCGAUCAUUUGAGUGACAGUCGAUUAGUGUCCCAUGAAGGAUUGUCCCCAACACCUUUUAUGAACUCGAACAUAAUGGGUAAAUCAGAGAGAGCUUCAUUUCAUGGCUAUGGGAGGGAUCCUGCAGCAUCUGGCUGCCAGUCUUCUCUUAGGUCAGACAUCGGGUUGGCAAGUCCUAGUUCAGUGACUACGCCGGGGAAGUCAGCUGCUCCGUUCUACUCCUUCACUGCGGCCAAUCCCAGAAGACGUCCUCUACAAGAUACUCCGCCCAUUGAUCCUCUACAAACAAAAAAGGUUCGCAAGGUCCCUCCUGGCCUGCCUUCAUCUGUGUACGCACCAUCUCCAAACUCAGAGGACUUCAACAGAGAUUCACCCUCUUACUCCUCUCCUAAGCCCUCCAGCAGUAUGUUUGCAAGCACUUUCUUUGAUGGUACCCACAGUUCGACUGACCCAUGGAACUCGUCCAAUGGGAUCAGUCAGCCCGGCUAUGGUGGAAUGCUCGCAGGAUCUUCAUCUCACAUGCCACAGUCGGGAAACUACAGCAGCCUGCAUUCACACGACCGUUUGAACUACCCCGCACACUCAGUCUCUCCGGACAUCAAUGCCAGUCUUCCUCCCAUGUCCAGCUUCCAUCGAAGCAACACCAGCACUUCACCAUUCGUCACUGCGGCGCACACUCCGUCCGUCAACACAACCGAUGGGGUCAUGGCCGCUGCAAAUCGGGGGAACGCCACUGGAAGCUCACAGACUGGAGAUGCACUGGGCAAGGCUUUAGCCUCGAUUUACUCACCUGACCACACUAGCAGUAGUUUUCCAUCCAACCCGUCGACACCUGUGGGUUCUCCUUCACCUCUGACAGCCACAGCAGGUGCUGCUUCAGCAGGUACCGUGGUGACUGCUGCCGGCACCCCGUCUGGAAGGCCAGGUACCAACCAGUGGCCCCGCGCUGGUGGACAGACCCCCUCCUCUCCGAAUUACGAGAACUCCCUUCACUCACUGAAAAACAGAGUUCAUCAGCAGUUACAUGAGCAUCUUCAGGAUGCCAUGUCUUUCUUAAAGGAUGUCUGCGAGUCUCGAAUGGAGGAUCGUCUGGACAGACUGGAUGAUGCAAUCCUUGUUCUGAGGAACCAUGCCGUGGGCUCCACCGCCAGUCUGCCCAGCGACAUACACAGUCUGCUGGGACAGGCACAAAAUGGGCCAAUAGCAGCCAUUGGAGCAAACUUCCCUGCCUCUGCAUUGGUUCCAAGUCGGACAGCAGCGAUGGGUGGUGCCCACGCUGAUGAUGCUGCCAGUCUGAACAACAGCCACGGAGGCCUGCAGAGUGCCGGCUCCACAUCCAGCGCAGAACUGAACCAUCAAAUGGAAACAUUCAGAGGUCUUGCUUCAGGUCUGGUUGGCCAGGUGGCUGCUGCCCUGGAGCUGAAGAUUGAGAAACAGGACAAAGAUGAUAUGAAUGAUAACCUCUCCACCGAUGACAAAUCAGAUGAUGAGAGCGACAAAAGAGACAUGAAGACACCUCGGGGAGGCACACGCACGAGUAUCACUGAAGAUGAAGACCUGAAUCCAGAGCAGAAGGCCGAGCGUGAGCGCGAGAGGAGGAUGGCCAACAACGCCCGUGAACGCCUAAGGGUGCGAGACAUCAACGAGGCCUUCAAGGAGCUGGGCCGCAUGUGCCAGCUGCACCUGAAGAGUGAGAAGCCGCAGACUAAACUGCUCAUCCUCCAUCAGGCCGUGGCUGUCAUACUCAGCUUGGAGCAGCAAGUUAGAGAGCGGAAUCUGAACCCCAAAGCAGCCUGCCUUAAGAGAAGGGAGGAGGAAAAAGUGUCUGGGGGCUCCGGUGAAGCCCAACAAGGCCACACAGGGGUCCAUACAGGCCUGACUGACACAUCCAACCCCAUGGGCCACCUCUGAGUAGACGACAGAUCAAAGUGAUCCCAGAUCAUUUCUGUCCCGUUUGAGUCAGUGACCUUGCUUCCCAGUGACAGACAGGACUCACAGUUUGUGUCACCAAUUGGAGGAGACAGACCACUUGAAGCGAAACCACGAGACUAACACAAUCCAAUCCUAAGAUUGAAGAGGAGCAUCGGCAUCCAGCUCUCUGUGACCAGUUUCCAUCUGCAAAUUUCUCCCCCACAAAGAAAACCCUUCAGCACAUAUCACUGUCUGCAAGAAGUGUGUUGCUUCUGAACAAUCAGAGACUUCGCAAUCUCCUCCAACUGUAUGUGGAAAUUGCCUCGUGCCUAAACUGAAUUGACGAAUGCAUUGUAACAGCGAUUGUUUUUUGUUUGUCUGUUUCUUUUUUUUUUCUAUUUAUUAUGUUAUUGAGCUAUAAAAUGUAUGUCUAAAGGGAAAGUUAAGCAAUUUCAAAGAGAAGUAUGCAGCUUUUCAGUCAAUCUAUAGUUUGCCAGUGUCACCGUUAAAACUGAGCACUCCACCCUGGUAAAUCUAUGGCGAGUCCAAGAUGAGGGGAAAAACAUUUUGGCACUGAGAAGGUAAGAUUGAGAUUCAUUUAUUGGCCAGUUUAGAAAGAUAUUUAUACCCAACUGAAAAUUAGCAUUAGCUGUUAGAACUGAAGACUAAAGUUCCCCAUUUAAAAAAAAGAGGAUAUAUUAUUUAUAUUUAUAUUUUAUUAAUUCUGCCACUGGCCACAUCUGUAACCAAAACUACCUAUUUUUGUUUUGUGUGUAGUUUAGAUCCGUUUCUGUGCUACUGACCAGCAGAAUAAUAGGCCCGACUAUAUUAGCGUCAACAAUAAUGUCUACAAAGGUGACAGACGAAUGGCAAACUCUAGUUUUACUGAAAGCUCCAAUUCAGUUGUGUUUUUUUUUUUUUUUUCUCCUCGGUAGUGAGCAGUGAAAAUACAGAGAGCAAACUAUUUGCAAACCUUAGCAUUCCCUGCAUAAUUUUAGUGUCUUAACUAAAGGAAAAAAGGGGACUUCAUUGCCCUUCGGCUCCUUUGCCAUAUAGUGUUAAAUGUAAGCAGUGACAUAUUUUUGCAGAUUCUUGUCUUCGUUUAGCCUGAAAGUUACAAGCUCCUGACGUCAGCACAGAAGUGACUUGUUUGUUUUUUUUUUCACAUUUCCCGCCACCAGCUAAUCAGAGAUUGCUUAAUGAAGUAGUUAAAAAAAAAAAAAAAAAAUUAAAAAAAAAAAGAAAAAACGACGACCACACUUUCUCCUGGCCUGAUGAACAUAUCACUUCAUUUUCUUUCUGUUAAUAUCUCAAGACAUCAAAUUUCAAAAAGCAGUUAUUCUGAGUAAUGUUUUGUUAUGCUUAUUUGUGUUGUAACAAGUCAUUUCUUUAGGCUUCCAGCAUAUUAUGUCCAGUUUCAAAUAGCAGAGAGGUCUUCUAAGUUAUUUUCAAUCAUGUUUUGAUAUAAUCCAUACAAUAAGCCAGACUAGAUUUUUCAUGGAUUUAGCUGAAUAUCAAAAAUAGUCGGUUUCAUAGGACUGUAGCACAGUAAUGAACAAAAGCAGUUUACAGGAUUUUCUUUUAUGUUUCAAGACAUUGGUCAUGGCUUUAUUUUAUUUUUUUUGUUUUUGUUUUCCCUAUCAGUGUGCAUGCUUUACAUUUCUCCUUUAUGAAGUCUUUGGUCUUUUGGCUUUAUAUUCCAUUUAUUUCUUUGUAUAUUGUCUUCUAUCAUUAUCUACACCUUAAACAAGGCUGCCACAUUCAGAAUGAGUAUUCUGUACAAAAAAAAGGGACUUAAAUUACAAAUAAAGGAUGCCACAUCAAUAAAAAGAGUUUACAAUAUGAAUUUAACAACUUUGUUUUAGUUUUUGAAACACUUAAUUUUUUGUGUAUUCUCUGUCUGAAUGUGGCCUUGUUCUUCAUUUCAGUAUUCAUGUUGGCAGACUUUGAUUGAGGGUAUAAUGUUUGUCAUUUCCUGCUCUCUCUCCUUCAUUUUUUUUUUUAUUUUUCCUGUUCUUCCUAUAUUUCUUUGCUCCUCUGUUUGCCAAGUUAGACUUUGCUGUAUUCCGAGAUGCUUUCCCUUGUAUAAUAUAUGAAAAAAGAAAAUCAAAAGGAAAAAAAAAACAUUUGGCUUAUUUUUCACUGUAGUUAGUCUUUUAUACAAUAAUACUGUAAGAAUAUUUCUUGAAUUCUAAAUAUUACUCUUUCUAGAUUUUUGAAAGCAAAAGUUUUGAGUAAAAAGUUUCUUACUUUAUUUUACUAUAUUAGAUAGUAAAAUGUACGGUUAUUUACCAUAACCUGUCCAUUAUUACCAGAAAUUUCAAAAGGCAUCUUAAGAACAUAGCUGAAUUGUCGCUCGUAGUCUAGUUCUUCAAAAGGCUUCGUACGAGCUCAAGAUUCCUAAAAGUGCGACCUCCAUCUUAUUCUUCGGUCUCCGUUGUUGAUUGAUAAAAGAUUUGUGUCAAAUGAAAAAGGUAUUGUCGAUGCACAUCAAAAAAAAAAAAAAAAAGAAUACGGCAACGAGAAUUUGAAUUUUCUGUCUUUUUUCAACAGAAAAACACAAUGUAUAUAACAUUUAUGUUGCAAUAAAUGUGCCAUCUUUUUUUAAACUCAA